AUUUUUCGCUAGCCCCUUGAUUAUGAUAAUUUCAUUUUAAGUAAAUAAAUGAAAAGAUAUUGAGAAAAUAACAAUUAUUCGAUAUGGGGGCUCAAUGGAAAGAUCCUCGUACUCCGGUGAAAGGUUUUCACCGCAUCAAGAAUAUAGUAUUCAAUAACUUCAGAGGUUUACUCGGUUUCCUAGUACCAUUGUGUGCAUUGAGUUGGCAAGGAGAGAAGUCAAGGCAUGAUAUAACAGUGCAAUGUAUAUGGAUAUGGAUGUUUUGGUUCUUUUUAUUGCAACCAGUGGCGGUCCAAGUGACUGCAAUAAUUCCCAUCUUCAUACUACCAAUGGCCGGAGUAUAUUCUACCACUGAUACUUGUAGCUGUUAUUUUAACGAAUCGAUGGCAUUAUUUUUUUUAAGCGGAAUGUUACUUUUGUUACUCAAUAACUCUGGAUUUGAUCGCCGAGUAGCAUUAUGGUUCUUGGGAUCCGGAGACUCUUGUCAGUUUUCUGGGAAAAGACUUGUAUUUAAAUGCAGUUCAGCAGCCUUCUUUCUAUCAAUGUUUAGUAAUCGACUGUUAGUUACAUCUACUAUAACGCAGUAUAUGACAUCAGCUUUAACAGAUUUACAGUCGGCAACAUCUAGAUACAGAAGCACUGAACCAGAUUAUGAUGAGAUGCGAUAUAUUGUCAAUAAUGCUAUCCAAACUGCUUCGGGAAUUGGUAGUAUUGCCAUUAUACAUUCGACCUAUUCUGCACUGGCUUUUAAGGGUAUUUGGUCAGAACAUCCUCCAGAGGGUCAUGAAUAUCCAGAUAUAUUCAAUUAUCUACAAUAUACAUUGUUUGCAUUUCCCAUGGCGUUCUUAAUGUUUGUGUUAAAUUUUUCAUACCACAUGUUACUCAUCAACUGGUUUGUUGUGAAACCCAUGAGUGCUAGCAGUAUGGCUGAAAUAAGAAAAGCUAUUUUGAAAAAUAAAGAAGCUAUACCACCCCUACUUACCUUACACGAGAAGCUGACUAUUCUGUUUAAAAUUAUUAUACUCAUUGUACUUUUCUGCCGAUGGAAUAAGUUUAGCAAUAUGGGAUGGGCUGACUUUAAUGCGGAACCAACUACUCCAACUAUCCCUAGGGUUAAGGAUGCUACUGUAGCUGCAUUAUUUGUGCUUUUAUUACACAUCUUACCAAAAGGAUUUGGAUUUAUGAAGUACAUUUCCGCUGAAAAAAAAAGUCAGUUACCCCCUUUAAAACCGGAGUCAUCUAUUCUUUGGUGGCGUUUUGUGGAUAAAAAUACCAAUUAUGGAUAUUUCUUUUUAUUAGGAGCUGGCAUAGCAUUAAAUGCAUCUGCGCGAGCCACAGGACUCGAUAAAACAAUAGCUUUGCAUCUUGGUAAAAUGUUCACGGAAAAGGAAUGGAAUGUGUCCAUAUUCCUUGUGUGUCUUGUUACUGUCAUAAUGAGCAAUGUAAUGACCAGUACAGCAGUCGUAGUUAUAUUCUUGCCAAUUGUUUUGUGUAUGGCACCAGAAGGACAGAUACCGUGGCCAUCCAAAGCAUAUUUAGGUGCACUUGCUGUUGGAAUUGGUUCGUCGUUCGGGUUUAUGUCCCCCUUUUUAUAUACACCUGGAUAUUUCUGUCAUAACACUGGAAAGGUUCCUAGGAUUAAAAUGGCGAAGUAUUCCUUUAUAAGUUCAAUAAUAUGUCUCAUCGUACUAUGGUUAGCCCUAAUAUUUUGGGGUCCAUUUAUAUGGGAUCCCGAAGAUAAUGGCUUCCAAUUUGUGCUUGUAGAUGAAGGAGCAACAACACCUACUCCUUGAUCAUGGAAUUAUUUAUAGUUCAAUAUUCUAUUUAUAAUUUUUACUCAUGUUCAAUCUUGACAAACAAUUGUAUUUGACGUUUCUUCAAUUGUGGCGCAAUAAUCUCUUACUUUGAAAAUGGAUUCAUAUUUUGCGUUAGUUUUAUUUUGUGACACUACUUCAAUUUGAUUUAACUGAUCAAGAAUUUAAAUAAAUUAUUAAUGCGCACUUAUUAACUAUUAGCAAUUAAAGAAAGUAAAAGAUUUUAACGGCUUAAUGAAAUGCAUUGAUUUCUUAAUAUCUAUACAUACAUAUAGUUGUACUAUAUGUUUGUUAAUUAACUCAUCCUAAACAAUUGGACCUAAAUUCACAAAAUUUUGUGUAUGUUUCAAUAGAUUCUUGAAUGGUUUCAAAAUACAUUUAGAGAUCCUGUAGUUGGCGGUGCUUUUCCGGGAAAUGGUAUCUGCUAUUUGCUAGUCAUCCGCUAAUCAUAAAAGAUUUAUAGGUUACAUAGAUUAAAAAUGUAAGUUUCUAUUCAAUAUGAAAAACUACUAAACAACAACGGAUAUUGUCCGACCAUUCGCUGAAACGAUUACGAUUUUGAGUGGCAGCGUUAAUGGAUUCUAUAUUAGUCGAUGCUAUUAUUUAUCAAAUGAAAAUAAACGUUAGUUGUUUUUUGGUUCAUUGUGAGAAAAUGUUUAUAUUAAUAUUAUUUGUGGAAUAUUAAAAACGCUAAUAGCUAGCGCAGAUGACGUAUCAACACGUAAUUUACAUGUAUAUGAGAAUACCACUCUCAUUAGUUCCCAAUAAUGACAUUUUCUUAUUGAAUAUUUCACCGUCCAGUUAGUUCAUAAAACUUGCAUAUUUUUGAAUGUUAACAAGUCCUGAUUUGUGUAAUAUUUAUAUAAAUAAAUUGGUGAAGAUUUAUAAAUAUCUAACCAUAAUUUAAAUAAGACUCAGCUAAGAUUUAAUACAUGUUCUUUAUUAUAUUAGAAAAAAAGAAUUUUAAUAACUUUCACAUUCAUAUUCUGUUAACUAAUGCAAAGUUUUCACGAUUUUAAUCUUUAUUUAGUAUAAUUUAAGAGGUUAUAACUUUCUAUUUAUUAUCAACACACUAUUUCUACAUACCUAGUUGUUGUAAAUGAUUUUUGCGUAAAGUUAUUCAUGUAUUUAGAACUGUGUUGUGAAGACACUAAAUGUGAA